ACAUGUUCGAAGUGAAGAUAUUUCACUUAUGCGCAGUUUUGUCUAGAUUUUGCUCCGAUUUUCACGAUUUUCAUUUAUAUACCCACAAGGCUUUUUUUCUUAAAGCGUUUUCCUUGAAAUUCUUGAAUUUCGUGAUCUACAAUAUUCACCCUUUUUCCUGUUGGCUAUGUUCCGUUUUAUUGGUCGCACAAUAAUGGCUCUGAUCUAUAUUCUCUACAUAGAGAUGUAUACAUCUCUAUGAUUCUCUACGACACUAAUUCCCCCAUUGCAUUGAGAUCAGUGGCUAAUGGUCGCUCGAUUCAAAGAGUUUACUUCCAUGCGGGCGUUUUAUUCUAAACAAGAUGAAGAAACGUGGGGUGAAUAAUCCUGGUAAAGGUCGUUCUUCCAAAUCAAAACAGAAGAAAAGUGGGAGAAAUGAAGGAAAAAUGGCUCUUAAGAAAUUGCAACUGGAAAGAAAAGAGAUUAAUCAACUUCAGGAUCAAUACAGUCAGAUCAAUCCCAAAGAAAUAGAGACAUUCUCUGACUUCCCACUGAGUAAAAGAACGCUGUCUGCUCUUGAAGAGGCUGGCUACAAGGUUCCUACUGAGAUCCAGAAAGGGGCGAUAGGUCUGGCCUUACAGGGCCACGAUGUCCUUGGUGCAGCCAAGACCGGUUCUGGCAAGACUCUGGCAUUCCUGAUUCCAAUAUUGGAGUGUCUCUACCGGAACUCCUGGUCUGUACCCGAUGGUCUUGGGGCUCUUGUCAUCUCACCUACGAGGGAGCUAGCUUAUCAGACGUUUGAAGUACUGUGUAAAGUAGGAUCAAAGCAUGACUUCUCCGCUGGGCUCAUCAUCGGAGGAAAGGACUUGAAGACCGAGAUGGAGAGGAUCCCAAAGACCAAUAUUGUUGUGUGUACUCCAGGGAGACUCCUACAACACAUGGAUGAAACGGCCUGCUUUGAGAGCCUAAAUCUGAAGAUGCUAGUCCUUGAUGAAGCAGAUCGUAUUCUUGACCUUGGUUUUCAGAAGACAAUGGAUGCCAUCUUGGAUCAUCUUCCAUGUGAACGACAGACCUUACUCUUCUCUGCAACCCAAACCAAAUCGGUACGUGACCUGGCGAGACUCAGCCUUCUGGAACCCAAGUAUGUUGCUGUCCAUGAACACCAUACUCACAGUACACCGGUUCAGUUAGAUCAGAGCUACAUUGUAUGUGAGUUGGAGCAGAAGCUAGAUGUCUUGUAUUCUUUCCUCAAAGCCCAUUUAAAACAGAAGAUCUUGGUCUUCAUGUCCAGUUGCAAGCAGGUCAAGUACGUAUUUGAGGUCCUUGUUAAGUUGAACCCCGGUAUUACGGUGAUGGGGCUAUAUGGUUCCAUGCAUCAGCUACGGAGGGUAGCGGUGUACAAUGAGUUCUGCGUCAGAGAUUCAGCCGUACUCCUAGCCACUGACAUUGCUGCUAGAGGAUUAGACUUUCCUGCAGUGAACUGGGUUGUCCAGCUAGACUGCCCGGAGGAUUCCAGUACCUACAUACAUCGAGUGGGCCGGACGGCCAGGUACGAGAAGGAUGGCGAGGCUCUCCUCGUUCUCCUUCCAUCGGAAGAGGAUGCUAUGGUGGCUGAGAUGGAGAAAAGGAAAAUUCCCGUUGAGAAAAUUGAAGUUAAUCCAAACAAGAAGUUUGCUAUAGAGAAGAAACUUCAGUCUUUCUGCGCACAGAGUGUAGACCUCAAGCAAUCAGCUCAGAGGGCCUUCAUCGCUUAUCUCAAAUCAGUCUACCUUAUGAAGAACAAGGAUAUCUUUAAUGUUCAUGUACUUUCUCUUGACAACUUUGCAAGGUCUCUUGGUUUAGCAGUGGCUCCGAGGGUGAGAUUCAUCCAGAAUGCGGAGAAGAGAAAACAGGAGCAGAGCAAGAAAUCAAACAAAAACCAACAGAGGUUAUUAGAAACCUCAUCAUCCAAAACCACUACAGAGUCAAACAGAACUUUACAGAAAGACUCACAAAAAGAUGAAAUUAGAAAAGAUGAGAGGAGAAAAGGAAGGACUGAAGAUGAAAGUAAUGAAUCGGAAGAAGAGGAUGAGUCGGAUGAUGAGGAGGCCCCGGGAGCAGGAAGGGAUGGAGAAGGAGGAGAUGGUUUCCAUGACGAUGCUGAUGAGGAGGAGGAUGACUUGCUGGUUAAGAAAGACAUCGAUCCCAAACAGAUUUCUGCCGAAGAUGCCAAUGAUGAUGAUCUUCUUGCUCCUGGUAGACGUUCUAAGAAAUCUGAAAAACCUCUGACCAAGUAUGCCCUGGCUAAAAAGAUCAGGAAGAAGAACCUGCAAGUCAACACCAAGAAGGUCUUUGAUGAAGAAGGAGAGGUUGAAGCUCAGUGGCCACCAGCUCAACCUAAUGUAGCAUCUCGUCUCCAUGGUGAUGAUGAGGAUGGAGGAGGCAUUGACAUCGAAAAGGCCAAGAAGUUUAUGGAGGAAGAGGAUAAACACGAUAAGCAACUCUUCAAAGAUCGGAUCAAGCAAAAGCACUUGGAAAGGAAGCUGAAGGAAAAGCAAUUAAAGAAGUCAAACAGAAAAAAACAAGACAGUGGUGAUGAGGAUGAAGGUGUCAGUCUUGGUAUCAGUCUGGAUGAUCAUCAAGAGUUUGAUCCGAUGAGCCUCCCAGAUCCUGAUGUCUACUCCGCUUUUGUUUCUGAUGAUGAUAGGGAUGCUAAUUCUGACAAAGAUGAAGAAGAGAUGGGUUCUCAGAAGCAAUCACAAAAGAAAUCGAAACCCUCAUCAAGCCCAACCAAGAGGAAAACAGUCAAAGAGAAAAGCGAGAAGAAAAAGAAACGGAAGAUGAUGGAUGUAGAGGAGGAUGAUGUUGCCAUGGAUACAGGAUUAUCGUUAGAGGAUGAUGAACAGUUAGCACUCCAUAUGCUCUCUGUUAAUAGAUUCUGAGAUUAAUUGGAGAUAUUGACUGUAUUUUAAUCAUGAUGACAUAUUUGAAUCACAGGCGACAGUCAUCUGAUCAUGAUUUCGCUUUUAUUGGAAGACUGACGGAUGGCCUUCCAUACAUAGGGGUGAUUUCAUAUCAGGGGAUGUUGCAAAAAACUUUGAUAUUUAUGAUCAAUUGCAAAUAUCAGUAGCAAAUCUACAAGAUCAGUUUAAACUUGAAGCACAUCAAUUUCUUUUUCCUGUUGUAAGAAGCUGUCAAGUAUUAAAAUCAAAUGCAAAUUAACGGUAAAAACUGUAACAAGCCUUGUGAUUAAUUUGGAGAAACAUGUUUUGUAAAUGAUUGUAAGUUUUAUGCAACACACCUCUAAUCUGGAAAAAAAAACACAAUAAGGUAGGCGUGUUUCAUCAAGGUGUUCAUAAAAUAUCAAUGACUUUAUGAAUGACUUGAAUGUGAAAAGCCAAUUGGAUGCUCGGUCAUUUUCUAAUCCACUCAGCGAAAAUUUAAAUAUGCAGACUUUGAUAAAAAUUCUGAAUUGCUAUGUACAUCAUAAAUGCAAAACACAUUCUUUUAUACAAUCUUAUAGCCAUUCGUAUGCCAUGUAUUUCAUUAUGAAAAGUUUUUGAAAUGGCCCCCAGGUUUGACUGGAGUCAAAACUACAUCAUUUCACAAAAAUGGGCAAGGCGUUGUUCACGUCAUCUUUGUUUGAUAACAGGAAAAACUGGAAAAUAUGCUUGAUAUUUCUCAUUGUUGUCACAUCAUGUGACAUUUCUGCAUAAGAAAUCUGAAGUGAAUCUUUCCAAUCUUUGGCUUUUCUAUUUUUAACAUGAUUAAUGGGAAGUGCAUAAACAAUAUAUGUUGAAAUAAAAUAUUUAUUUUAUCCAGUGA